GUCGAUUGGCGCGAUUCUUGGUGGAAGCACAGGCAAGACAGAGUGUGUGUACUUAGUUACGUGGUCGCGCGCGCCCCUUCUUCAAGGUAUUCCUUGAAUGUACGAAGGACCUUGUUUUGUGUGGUUGGACUAGCGAAAUAGCAAAAAUUCAAAAACUAGACGCAUCGCUUCUUUCUCUGGAAGUAUCGCUACUCGGCGGCAUUCUGGCGCUUAUCUGUUUAAUAGAGCAUUCAAAGUUCAAUCCGACAGUUAGCAGCGCAAAUAAAUAAAUAUUUAUCUUUCCCGCCCGGAGCCGCUCGUUAAAUCGCGUCGUAGUUGGUUGAUGAAAAAUUUAAAUUGCUCUGAAAUUACAUCGAGUGGAUCAACAGUUUGGAAAAGUGAAUGAACCAAAGCAAAAGGAACAGCAGACGGCGGAUGUUCAGCGAGUGUUCUACAUUUUUUGUAUUGACUAAUUCAAUUAGAUGUACAGAAACUAUGCGUCAUUGACAGGCAAGGUUGCGAAAAGGUUGAAAAUAUUUAAUUGUGAGAAACGAUUCACAUGAUUGGUUCAGUGCAUACAUUUUCCUGACUCCUGGCAAUCUCCAAACUUCAAAACACUACAUGCGGUUGAGAAAAUUUUCAUCCAAGUGGUCGUGUUCAAGAGAUAGAAGUCUUUCGGUCUCUUGUCAUUUGCGGCGGACUGAGAGUGAGUCCUAAAAAUAGAUCCUCCUCUUGAGCAUUUAAAUAACCAAAGAGUGUAGAGUAAUGUUUUCAAGUGAAUGAAAUUUGUUGUGGUUUUUCAUGAGCCGUGAUACAUAACAGGACAAGAAAAGUCUGUUGAAACACAAGUCCUGCCGCCAUUCGGAAUAAGUAAAGUGACACUUUUUUUUGCUGUUUGAAAAUCUGUUCGUACAAGAAGAAGAGUUGUGUCAAAAGUGUGUGUGUUUGUACUCCAAAAGUCAGCAGCAGUAGCGAACGGGUGUGAUCCAUCAAAUUGACGCGUGACAACAGCUGUUCCAUUUGGGGAAGCUGAUUACGAGAAGGAAUUUUCGACGAGACGCGAAGCAGUCGACCACCAAAGGGAAAUGAGUCAGGAACAGGCAAAGCUCGAUGCUAACAAGCAGGCGACCAGUCCCGACGAUCUCGACGAUCUCAGUCCGAUGCCCCAGACGGCGGUACCACCGGUUCGGAGGCGUGGCGGAAUCUCAGCGGAACCAGUCAGCGAGGAGGAUGCCACUAGCUACGUCAAAAAGGUUGUCCCCAAGGAUUACAAAACAAUGGCGGCGCUGUCCAAAGCCAUCGCUAAGAAUGUACUUUUUUCCCACCUGGAUGAAAACGAGCGGUCGGAUAUCUUCGACGCAAUGUUCCCGUGCACUUUCCUACCGGGGGAGUCCAUUAUCCAGCAGGGUGACGAGGGAGACAACUUUUACGUGAUUGAUAUUGGAGAGGUUGAGGUCUUCGUGAAUAAUGAACAGGUGACGACAAUUGGCGAGGGCGGCAGCUUUGGCGAGCUAGCCUUGAUUUACGGAACGCCGCGCGCUGCUACAGUACGUGCCAAAACCGACGUCAAGUUGUGGGGAAUCGACCGUGACAGCUAUCGGCGAAUUUUGAUGGGGUCCACCAUCCGGAAGCGCAAGAUGUACGAAGAGUUCCUAUCGAGAGUUUCUAUUCUAGAAAGCUUAGAUAAAUGGGAACGUCUCACGGUUGCGGAUGCGCUAGAACCUGUCACUUUCGAGGAUGGAGAAACCAUUGUGAAGCAGGGCGAGCCAGGAAAUGAUUUCUAUAUAAUUGUGGAAGGAUGCGCCACCGUCAGACAGAAGCGAGAUGAGAACGAAGAACCCGCCGAAGUUGGCCGUCUCGGCCCCAGUGACUAUUUCGGGGAGAUUGCCCUGUUGCUGGACCGUCCACGAGCCGCCACCGUAAUCGCCCGAGGACCGCUCAAGUGUGUCAAACUGGACCGGGCCCGUUUCGAGCGGGUGCUGGGACUGUGCGCUGACAUCCUCAAACGAAACAUCACCCAGUACAACAGCUUCGUUUCGCUAUCGGUCUAAAUGUAUUUUGCGGAGCUUGAUGCCGGUUGAAUCGCCGGAAAUCGCUCACCUAUAUGUGCUAUGCUGGAGUAAAAACAACAGAGAAUCAAAAGGUGGAAAACUGUAUGUGUUAACGAAACAAAUCAAGGACACAAAAAAGCCCAUGUUAUACAAAAACAAAUAUUAUUCAAAAAUUAGAAUGUUUUAGUUCGAUUAACAAACGGCAAUUAUUCUACUAGCUGUUGCUUAAUCUCUAAGCAUAAGUUCUUCUGUUUGUUGGCAUGGGUUUCGCCACGUAUUUACUUAACUUAGACGUUAGUGAACGAUGAGCACAUUUUGACAUUAUACCUUUUUUUCGCUGAUCAUUCAUCAUCCUGCUAGAUAUGGAAGCAGACAUGUUCUACGUUGUAGCGGAUAAUAGGCGCGCAAUUUGAGGGUGUCGCGACUUUACAGCAGUUCUCUUACUGUUAUCGUAAAACUAUUAUUAGUGUAUAUCUGGAAUAAUAGAACAAUCUGUGUAAUACAAUUAUUGUAGAGUGACUGCUGACGCGUUCUCACUUAACGUGUUGUAUAUUGAGAGUAGACAAAAUGAAAUGCAGCCUGCAAAAAUUAUAUUAGUUAGACAUCUUUUUUCUUUUCUAUUCGAGCUAGUAACAUUUUAUCUGCAGUAUAAGCAGCAAAAAACGUAAUUAUGUGUGAUCAGUACAGAAAACAAUGAAUGCGCUGACAGAAUGUUACCGUACACACUUCUCUCGUUCGCGGAGAAUGAUAACUAUUCGAGGAUACGUUAGCUGGAAUGACAAAAUGGGAAAGCGUGAAAUGAGAAUUUUACUAGUGUGUGAGAGUGAGGUAAAAAACGAUUGUCAAAGGACAGCCAACUUUUUAGGGAAUAUGCUUAGCAAAAUGAAACUUACAAAACAAACCAUAAAUAUUUGCAUAGAUGUUGGAAAGCGUAUUUUGAGAAUGUACACAUUCAGGAGGUAAAAAAGAAAAAAAUAACAAUGUAUACAGAAAGCAUGGGUAGAAAGAUGAAGUGCAAGACAGCUUUAGAAAUCAUUUGCGACAGGAAUGCGCAAACUUUCUCUCCAUUUUAACUGUUAUGUGUAAGGUGGAAAGGACACUUUGUAGGGUUACGAAAAUAACACAAAAAUAACACACAAAACACUGAUAUAUUAAGGGAAUACUGAUACCCACUAUAUUCAGAAAUAUUACUUUUUACAACGAGUUUAGUUCAGCGUAAUACUUUCAACGUUCAUAAAUUGUUACAACACACACUAGCCACAUUGGAGAUGUUACCUCGUGGAAAAAAAAUUACGAUAAAACUAUCUUCCACUUCUAUAGCGCUAAAAUGUGUGAAUCAGUGUACAUUGAGCAUACAUAAUGCAGCGAAAACAUUUUUUUUAAAUUGCGUAGAAACAACAGAUGAAGAAAACCAACAUGUGAAGAAACUUGCAGAUGGACAUAAAAUUGUCCCCGAGUGUAACUAUCAAACUUUUUUCGAUGUUUUAUAUGUGUUCAAACAUAAAAAGGACAAGUUUGAAACUGCUCACACAGCCAAAUUCUAAUAUUUGUAUCUUUUCUAGGAAGCGAACGACGCACGCUCGUCUUUUGCGGAAUAUUUUUUUCGGUGAACCCAGUAUAUAAGAUGGGUAAACCCUUGAGUUUGAAUCUUCGAAUUGAUAUAUAGAAAAACAAACAUUAUAUAUUUUUUCCAUUUCUAUUUAGUGUUAAUUAACAAAGUUUAUUGUUUAAUGAUAUAUGUAUCGGUCACUAAACUUAUUGUGUUUAUGACAACGUACGAAGCAUAGCAAAAAAGCUGCUCCAGCUAAAAGGCUGGACCUUUUGGAGUGCGAUGAGCAUCAGAUGAUGUUGAUUGCUGCCAUUUGCCGUUUUACCUUGUGCAUAUAUUGCGAAGCCGGUUAGGUUCGGAUAGGGUUCGCAUACACUGGAACCUUAGUUUUCAAAAGCACCUAGAUUUACAUAGACCUGCAGCACCACUAGCCAUUACAUAGACAGUUCGAGCAAUUCAAAGCUUUUCCGUAGUUUUCUAGAUUCAAACACUUUUCUAACAUAGCUACAACAGGAAAUGAAAACAGCGGAUGCAUUGAACAUUGAUUUUAUAGUCGAUUUUCUGUUCCCAAUCAAGCUUCUACGGUGUUUCUAUUUUAUUACUAAGCACUGUUUUCAAAGAUUAUAAAAAGUGGAAGUUCAUCAUCAUCAAAAGUACUGUUUUCGGAGAAUAUCAAAUUCCACUGGGAAUUGCGUUCAGUUAACCGAGUGAACAACGUGUGCUGUUUUCCGGGAAAUUGAAUAACAAGCUCUACAAUACACCCUAAACUGUAGCUCAAGUUCUACAAAAAAGAGUGUUCGAUAGGAAAUUCGAAAAUCGUAAUCUUUUCACUUGGUUUAUAUGGUUCAGUUCACUUCGUUUUUUGCUAGAUUUAAAUUCGAAAAAUAUCACCACCAACGGCAGCAAAUCAUCAAUUGUUGAGGUCUGUGCGAAACAAUUAUUAUUGGAGGAAGAAAAUGAUAACAAACAUGUUCGUUCCAUAAUUUAUGUUCUAAGAAGAUUCGUACUGAAGCUAAAUAAAACAUGGAUGAGCA